GAGCCUUCUCCAAAAGGGAUGAAGGAUGCUCGGAGGCGGCUCGGCCAAUGGGGUGGCUGGAUUUGGUUGUCACGGCUACGGUUGGGAGGCAGUGCUGGGAGAGAAGGGGUGCAGAGCCCCCCCAUCCUCUGCAGGGCUCUGGGCAGGACAAACAUCCAGCCCUGGGGCCGGUUCGUUCUCGGGAUACCCAUGGCAGAAUCUGUUUAAAUGCUUCCUGAGAGACCCCGGACCCCCAGGCACAGCUACACCUUGGGCUGCUGCGGGAGCUCAGUGUUCCUCGGGGAGCCCCCCUGACAGCACACCAGGGCACCUGGGAGGGACAACUGGACCGUGAAUCCAUCCCCUACUCCAGGAGGUUUUCAAGGAGCAUCACCACACCCAGAGCGUCACACCAUGAACGGGUACUUGAACGAAUCCAAUUUCCUGAUGGUGGAGGAGGGCUUCACCACCAGAGACCUCCUGGAGAACUUGCUGGGGGAGCCAUGCCAAGAGAGCGACCAGCAGGCCUUCUUCGUGGCAGACCUUGGGGACAUCGUGAAGAAGCACCUGCGUUUCCUGAAGGCUUUACCCCGAGUGAAACCCUAUUUCCCAGUUAAAUGCAACGGCAGCGAAGGGGUGAUUCGGCUGCUGGCAGAGCUGGGGGCAGGAUUUGCCUGUGCCAACAAGGCAGAGAUCACCCGGGUUCAAGGCAUUGGGGUCCCAGCUGACAGGAUCUUCUACAGCAGCCCCUGCAAGCAGGUCGCCCACAUCAGGUACGCUGCAGCCCACGGGGUCAGGCUGAUGGCCUUCGACAACGAGGUGGAGCUGAGCAAGGUGGCCAGGAGCCACCCCCGUGCCAGGAUGUUGUUGGGGAUCACUGCUGACUCCACCCCUCCUGCCCACCCGAGCAUGACCUUCGGGACCACGCUGAAAUCCUGCCGGCACCUGCUGGAGACAGCGAAGGAACAGGCUGUGGAGGUUGUUGGCAUCAGCUUCCACCUCGGGAGCCGUGGGCUGGAGCCCCAGGCCUGGGCCCAGGCUGUGGCCACAGCACAGCUGGUGUUUGACAUGGGCACGGAGCUGGGACACCACAUGCACCUCCUGGACAUCGGCGGGGGCUUCCCCGGCACCGAGGACACCAGAGCCCUGCUGGAAGAGAUGGCUGCCGGGAUAAACUCUGCCUUGGAUUUGUACUUCCCCGAGGGCAGCGGGGUGGACAUUGUAGCCAGGCCUGGGCGUUACUAUGUCACCUCUGCCUUCACCUUGGCUGUCAGCAUCACUGCCUUGGAGGAGACCCCCAUGGAGCAGCCUGGCUCUGACGAGGAAGAGUGUGGCAGCAAGAAGAGCCUGGUCUAUCACCUCAGUGAUGGCAUCUACGGUGCCUUCAGCUGCCUCCUGUUCGACAGCCCCUGCCCACGGCCACGGCUGCACAAGGCCGCGUUUUGCCCGCAGAGGCCGUGCCCAGAGCAGCCCUGGCACAGCAGCAGCCUGCGGGGCCCACGGGGGCACGGCGAGGAGCGCAUCGCCGAGGGGCUGGAGCUGCCCCAGCUGCACGUGGGGGACUGGCUGAUUUUUGGGAACAUGGGAGCCUACAGCAUGCCGAGCUCAUCCCUGCUCACCGCAGGUCCCCAGGCACGGGUCACCUACGCCAUGUCCCGCGUGGCCUGGAAAGCUGUCCAGCUCUUCCAGGGAAAGCCACCCCAGGCAGAAGACGACCGUGAGAGCCUCUGCAUGCCCCUGUCCUGUGGCUGGGAGAUGGCAGAGACACUUUGUGUCACCCCUGUCUUCGCUCCAGCUGGCAUCAUCUGAGCAGCUCUGGGGAAGGAGCCACGGUGGGAAAGGUCCUGUGGUGGUACUGCCAGGGGAAACGUCCCAUAAUGGGAUUGGGGUGGGAAAAAUCCCAUGGGAGCACCAGGGGAAAAGGUCCCACAGUGGUGCUGGAGGGAUAAAAAUCCUACAGAGGGAAAAGCAGGAUUUUUACAGCCUAAAAAUCCACUGUGGGAAAAAUCCCAUGGCAGCACCGGGGGAAAUGUCCCAUAAUGGUAUCAGGGUGGGAAAAAUCCCACGGGAGCACCAGGGAAAAUGUCCCAUAAUGGUAUCGGGGUGGGAAAAAUCCCACGGGAGCACCAGGGGAAAUGUCCCAUAAUGGUAUUGGGGUGG